GAAAAUUUAUAUGGAUUACAAUGCAACCACUCCUCUGGCACCAGAAGUGAUUGAGACAGUUAAAGAAGCCAUGUAUGAAGCAUGGGGCAAUCCUAGCAGUUCUUAUGAAGCAGGUCAAAGAGCAAAGAAGAUCAUAAAUGAAGCUCGUGAAAGUCUGGCUAAAAUGGUGGGAGGACGGUUCCAGGACAUUAUUUUCACUUCUGGAGGGACAGAACAACUGCUUUUCAACAAAUUGAACUGUGGCAUGACUUUCUUCUUUUUAUCCUGGUUUGUAGAAGCCACUUUUGUGCAAGUAUCAAAGGUGACCGGGCGAGUGGAAGUAGAUGAUGUUGUUGCAGCAAUCCAUCCAACUACUUGUUUAGUUUCUGUAAUGUUAGCAAAUAAUGAAACUGGGGUUGUGAUG